AUCAACUGGAAAUCUCACCUCCCAUUACGACACUUUUACGUAUCCCGAAAUUGCAAUUCCCACACUGAUUUCGUCUUUAUAAACUGCAACCUGGUGUCAUUCACAACAUUAAUCCUCAUCAUGUCUUCAAACUUCAUCCGCGCUACAAGAAUUGCUGCUUCGAUCCGCUCUACUGCCUUUACGCAAAGCCGCCGAAGCUUUUCCAUCACAUCUCGCAUCAUGGCUGCCCAGACCGUCGACUCGGAUUUCAUCUCUAAGAUCACCGCAGCUGAGAAGCUCAUCACCAACAAAGAUGACCCCGUCCAGGGUGGUCCUACCGCCCAAGCACAAUCGCACGCUGGCCAACAAUUGACCAGCCAAGUCAUCCACGACAUCACCAUGGGAGAACGCAAAAUCUCGGGGUCUGAGAAACCCAUCCAAGGAGGUCCCACCUCAAUCGCGCAAUCGAUCUUGACGCAGAUCUCCAAAUCCGCCAACAGUGCCUCCCAAGGCUCAUCGGCCUCGGGUGUCUUGGACAGCUCGACCAUCUCCAAAAUCACCGAGAAGGAGAAGGAGCUUACUGGCCAGGACGGGCCGGUACCAGGCGGUCCUACAGCUAAGGCGCAACAACAUGCAGGAGAAAACAUCUCGAGCCAGUCAUUGCACGACAUCACCGAAGGGGAGAAGAAGGUUACUGGCGGCGAAAGGGUGAAGGGUGGACCCACAGCAGCUGCACAGAGCGAACUGGGCAAGAGCCGUUCGUAGAAUCCUUGUUUUGUACUUGUAUAGUAUAGCUGUACGAUAUUGUAUGAUAGCAAAGUGAAGAAUGAUAGUACCCUGAUGACUUGUAUGAGGGCAUCAGUCGAUUGUAC